CGGCCAGAGCAGGGCCUCCGGGCACGGGGCACGAGGAGACGGCGGCCCCGACUCGGGCCCCGGCUCCCAACCCCGCGGCCCUCCCCGAGGCCCGGCCCAGGGGCGGCGUCAAGGUCACGAACGCGCCGGGGCUAGGAGGCGCGCGGGGAGAGGGGCGGCCUCGUGGGCCCCGCGGGCCCCGUGAGAAGGAGCGAGUGAGGAAGGCCUCUCCAGAAUGGGCCCCGCUAACGCAAGGAGCCGCCGGGAGAACCCCACCUGAGCCUGGCACCUCGGGGCCAUUCGGGGCUGAGCAUCCUGCAGGCCCGGAGAGGGUAUCUCGACUGCUGGGGGCCUUCAGCAACCCAAAAAAGGUGACCCGAGGUUUUGCUGGUGGUACCCAGACAGUGACCUUGAUCCCAGGAGAUGGUAUUGGACCAGAAAUCUCAGCUUCUGUUAUGAAGAUUUUUGAUGCUGCCAAAGCACCCAUUCAGUGGGAAGAGAGGAACGUCACCGCCAUUAAAGGGCCUGGAGGAAAGUGGAUGAUUCCUCCCGAAGCCAAAGAAUCCAUGGACAAAAACAAGUUGGGACUGAAAGGCCCCCUAAAGACACCCAUCGCAGCCGGACACCCUUCGAUGAACCUUCUGCUUCGUAAAACGUUUGACCUUUAUGCAAACGUGCGUCCGUGUGUCUCCAUCGAAGGCUACAAGACCCCUUACACGGAUGUGAACAUCGUCACGAUCCGGGAGAACACCGAAGGCGAAUACAGUGGCAUCGAGCACGUGAUUGUCGAGGGCGUGGUGCAGAGUAUCAAGCUCAUCACGGAGGAAGCGAGCAAACGCAUUGCGGAGUUUGCCUUCGAGUACGCCAGGAACAAUCACCGAAGCAACGUGACCGCCGUGCACAAAGCAAAUAUCAUGCGAAUGUCAGAUGGGCUUUUUCUCCAAAAGUGCAGGGAAGUUGCAGAAAACUGUAAAGAUAUUAAAUUUAAUGAGAUGUACCUUGAUACAGUAUGUUUGAAUAUGGUACAAGAUCCGUCCCAGUUUGAUGUUCUUGUGAUGCCAAACUUGUAUGGGGACAUCCUUAGUGAUCUGUGUGCUGGCCUUAUAGGGGGGCUUGGUGUCACCCCGAGUGGAAACAUCGGCGCCAACGGAGUCGCCAUCUUUGAGUCGGUUCACGGAACGGCCCCGGACAUUGCUGGGAAGGACCUGGCCAAUCCCACCGCCCUGCUUCUGAGUGCCGUGAUGAUGCUGCGCCACAUGGGGAUGCACGACCACGCCGCCAAGAUCGAGACCGCCUGCUUUGCCACGAUCAAAGACGGGAAGAGCCUGACAAAAGACUUGGGAGGAAACGCCAAGUGCUCCGACUUCACGGAGGAGAUCUGCCGACGCGUGAAAGACCUGGAUUAAAGGGCGGCUUCUCCUGCCGGGCGGCGGUCACUCCUGACGGACCGGAGGUAAAGCUAUUGUGGACUGAACCGCCUGCACACGGUGAGGCUGCCUAUCGACAGAGCAAACAUUCUAAAGUGGGCCUUCUCUUAAUCCAUCCUGUGCCCGGGACAAGAGUGACCCUCCACCAUCUGCUUCCAAUGGACGUUUUUCAGUGCUUUGUUUUAUUUAUUACGUGUCUCUCUCUGGUGAAAAUGUUUUAUAUAUUGUAAGGAUGGAUCCCCGUCCUGUCGUUUCCCAUUGUUGACCAUUUUAGUUAGAACAGCUUUUUUCCCCAGCUGACAGACUUGCUGUAAAUAUCCAGAUACUAAGUUAACAGGAGAAUCAGCUAACUUUUUAAAGAAGAUCCCUAUUUUCCUUGGAGUAUCUAAAGUACAAUGGAAAUGAUACAGGAUACUAACAUAGCACAAGAUGACAUUCUUAUAAAAAUGAACGGGUAGAAGAGGAAUUUCCUGGGAGAGUCGUAGCAAAGAGGGUACAGAGGAUACGUUUUAAAGUUGUGUAGUGAACGAAGAAAAAAGAGAUUUGCUCUCCAAAAAUUUUAUGAUAUGCAUGAAUAAAGAUUGCCAACCCGAGAUAUAUUUAAUCAGAGAUGUAUUUUUUUGGUUACCAAAUCUAGAUAAUCUACGGAAGACAGUGAAUGGCAUUCUAAUCCCACGCGGUACGCGUGCAGUUAUUUUUGUUAAGAUGGCCUAACAUUUCUUUGCUUGCCGUCGUGCUCUCAGUGCAGAGCCAGGGGCGACAUUUCCGCGAAUCAAACACUAAUUGUACGUGCAGUCAGUCUGCAUAGUUGUACCUGGCGGUCCCUGGCAGUCCCUGCCCUGGAGCUGUCCCUGCCUUGGUCGUGUUGUGUGUUCUGUGUCUGUUACUGUCCCCGGCUAAUGAGGCUGCUGUCCGAGAGGGCACGGCUCGUGCUCUGUCAUCCAAGAGGAAACAGCUCUCGGGCCGCACUGACCUCAUUGCAUAUUUCAGCAUCUGUGCGUUCUCCUACGGGGAACACCGAGUUAUUACCUUCCCCGAACCACUAAUAAUACACAAAACCCGCUGCUGCCAGGCUGCAGACGCUAGAGCAGCCAUAAGCUGGGGUGUCACACACUAACAAAACCUCUCGGUUCCUUGUGCCAUUAAAGGUGGUGCUUGGGCUUCCUGAGGCCCAGGGGAGGGAGGGGGUGCUUUUUCAGUCACCCAUCUUUAAGAUCCCUUCUCUUAAUGGGCCACAUGUGGUGGCUUUGGUCCUGUAGGGUGGUAUUGCUCGGGGCCCUUGGCUGAGCAGUUCCUCUUACAGCUCCGUGACCCUGUGGGAGCAAGAUGGCAGCUAUUUCAUAUCAUGCCCUCAGCCAAAGAGUUGCGCCUGGGUCACUCCUCAGUCCCCCUGGGAGGGGAAGGGGCUCCCUCAGGCUCAUGGCCAGGGCUUCAGCUUGCUCCAGAUGUAUACACUCCACUUUAUCCUGCUGCUUCUGCAUUUCUGUUGGAUUGUGCUGCCUAUGAGAGUGCCUGUCAGGUUCAAAACAAUAGUGAAGUAAUAAAGAUUUUAAAAACUGCUUAAAAA